AGCCGUGACCCCAAGGUCAGGGCACAGAAACAAUACUUUAUUGGCAGCACAGUGAUCGUUUCGACCAGACCUACGCCCAGCUAGCUCCAGUCAGAAUCAUGCCGGUGACACUGUACCACAACAUUCUGUCGGCGCCUUGUCGUGCCGUGAUGAUGUGCGCCAAGACGAUCGGGUUAGAUCUGGAGGAGAAAUCUGUGGACCUGUUUUCGGGGGAACACAUGAAGCCGGAGUUCCUCGCCAUGAACCCCUGCCACUGCGUCCCCACUAUUGAUGAGGACGGGUUCAUUAUGUGGGAAAGCCGUGCCAUCAAUAUCUACCUGAAUGACAAGUACUGCAAGACUCCGGAGAAGCUGUACCCGAAGAACCCCGAGAAAAGGGCACAGAUCAACCUAAUGCUGCAGUACGACCUGUGCUCAUUCAACCCCGCCAUCGUCGGCUACAUGGCCCCACUGCUGUUCGCCAAGAAAGAUCCGGACGAGGAGGCCAAGAAGAAGUUGGCGGACCAGUUGGAAACCUUCGACAAGAUGUUGGAGGGAAAGAAGUACGUCGCAGGCAACGAGCUUUCGCUGGCAGAUUUCACCCUUGGUGGUUCCUGUGGCAUGCUGGGUAUAGUCGGGUACGACACCAGCAGCUACAAGAACAUCGUUGCCUGGCGGGACCGCAUGGUGGCGCUGCCGGGCAUAAAGGACAUUCAGGAGAGGAUGAUGGCGGCGGCGGCUGCCAUGCAGUCCAGCUAAACCUGCCGCUCCCUCCCCCACUAAAUCCAACAAGGAACUUGCUACACGUGUCAGUAUAUCUAUGUACUGUAGCUGUCAUUUUAUGUUGUGUAACUAAACUUAGCUUAGAGCGAAGGCUGGGAUAGGAGGUUAUGAGUAUCAAAUAUUCAGCUUCAGAGUAAUGGAUCACAACCCAAAACUAAACCGUACCUUCAUACAAAUUACAACCUGACUGAUACAAAAGAUUGUCGUUAACUGGAAUCUUGGCUUGAUUUGGUGAAAGAAUAGACAAAAAUGUCAAUAUGUCGAAACUGAGAAUAUGAUAUCGUAGUAUGGCAAUUAUCAUGCAUCCAUCCAUUCAAUCCAUUUAUUCAUUCAAUCGUUCAUAUAAGAGACCGUGAACAUAUCUCUCAAAUGUUCAAUAUUUCUAUAUAGUGUUACUUGAUAUUAUGUGCCCAUUGUCAUAUUGUACGUUAUUCUCUGAUGGCACGUCUGGUUCUAUUCUGCUGUAUAGAAUGAAAUAAAUAAAAUGCUGCUUUUGUUUUGCGUAUGUUUAGUAAAGGAAUAUGUGACAUAUA